AAAAUUGGUCUUCUAAUCUUUCAGUCCUCUGGUGGAAAUACCCUGUUUUUCCAGCAGACACCAUGGUGUAGGUGGCUGGAACUGCCAUCUGGAGGAUUACAUCAGCUUUUCACUAUCACAAAGCCUCCAUGUAAGUGGAGUGGGAGAGACAGUCAGACACCUUUAAUCAACUUUAUAUAUUUUCGUAUGUGCAGCAGUGGGGCCCCUCCUCCACAUGGGGAGAGGGCUUAUCGUGAAGUGUAAUUCGUCUCCUUGAAGAAGAGGGCCAGCAGCGAAGGAAAAGUACUCAAAGUGCCUUUUUACCGAAACAAUUGUUGCAGUCUUUAUCCAGGACGGAUUCACGCGGGGUACCUUACGUUUUAGUGGAUACAUGCAGCGCGAGGAAUUCAGCGUAAAAGGGAAGAACUGCUGCGCUUUUCUUCUGACAGCUGAUGAUGUGAGCGGUCGUGGUGAAGUGAUGCGGGCCGUGAUGAGCGGAGGGUCGGACCCUGCUGUCCUCCAGGGGCUGUGGGAGUACGUGAGAGAGGAGCACGAGGCGCUCCUGCAGUCUCCCUACCUGCCCGUGUGCUUCGCUUUCCUGACGCACGUCCUCCUCUGCGCGCCCUUCCUCGCGCUGGACGCGCUGGCCGGCGUCUGUCAGCGGGUCCAGCUGUGGAGGAUCUCCGCGGGCUCGGGUCCGCCGCCCUCCGUGCAGCAGUGGUGGGACUGUUUCUGGAGGGUGCUGUACAGAUACCUGAGCACGGUGCUCCCCGCCACCGCGCUCUUCCAGGCGCUGAGGAGCCCCGCGCUGCCGGAGCUGGCUCCGACCUGCUGGCGGCUCUUCGUGGAGGUCGUCGCGUGUUUUCUGCUCUUCGACACGCUCUUCUUCUUGUGGCACCUCGUCAUGCACAGGGUUCCUUGGCUCUACCGUCACAUCCACCAGCUCCACCACCAGCACCGUAUCCCUUUCGCUCUAGCAGCUCAGGACGCCAGUUCGGCUGAGCUGCUGUCUCUGCUGUUGCUGGCUCUGAGCAGCGCCUGGUUGGUGGGCUGCCAUCCUCUGAGCGAAGCCUUCUUCCACCUUGUUAACAGCUGGCUGGCAGUGGAGGACCACUGUGGCUACGACCUGCCCUGGGCUCUGCACAGACUGCUGCCCUGUAUGGGAGGAGCUCCCUUCCACCAAGCCCACCAUAUUUUCCACAGUGGCAACUACGCUCCCUACUUCACCCACUGGGACCACCUCUUUGGCACAUACCGUGCAUCAGGGCAGAAGUCACGUCCAAACUGACAGAACUGCUGCGUGCUGCAACCUGAGGUUUAGUCAAGUUCCAGCAAAGCUUUCAAGAUUAAUGAAGGAUAUUUACUGCAGAUGCUGGUUGUGCCUGAUCAGCUUUUCAUAUGCACACUUAAUUAAUGACAUCUGUGAUCCGACUUUUUCAGUCACACAUCUUACAGUGUAAAGUUGUGAGAGCUGUGACCACUUUGUGCCAGUCAUUCCAAAAAGAUUUAAAUCUGUAUAGUUCCCUUAACAAGACAAUGGACCAUUAUUUCCUUGUGAAUGAUCUCAGAGUUUACUGAGUUCAUGUAUUAACAUCAUGUUCACCUUACCAUGUGAGAGCCAUCAGUGCCAUUUGAACCUACGCACUGUGUCUGCAGCUGUUCUAGUCAGUGAAUGCAGCACGAGAUGAAGAGAAUAGAGGGAUGACACAGUAAAUCAGGACAAUGAAACAAUGAACAAUUCCCUGAACUAAUGUGUAACUGAUGUGCACUUUGAUACUGUAGGCAGAUGAUAUUUGACAAUUUUUUUAUCUAUGCUGAUCAUAUGUGUAGUCAGAUUUUAAACUUUAAAUCGGAGUGAAUGUCUGCAGUCAUGCUGGGCAACUUUGGCAGCUGCUUUAUGGGCUGAUGUUGGCCUAUCACAGAUAUAUCGGUGUACAUUUUGUCUGAUUUGUGCCAAUAUAAAAACUUUUAUUUUUACAGAUCAUAGUGCAGAAAAAACAUACUUUGGGUAAUUCAUAGUUAUAAACUUCCCAGUAAAGUUUACAGUUUUGAUGAAGUGACGUCAUCAAGUGUUUAACGGUGGCAUAUCCUGCCUCCAUUACGAACUUACCUUUGUCAACAUUAUUUGUGAACCACAUUUCAGGGAUCACUGUGUAAGAUGUAGUUUUAUUUGUCUAUUCUGUGAAUAAAAGAAAUCCUUCCAAUGGAC